UGUCCAAGUUCCUUGCCAAAGCAAUGGCAGGAGAAGGGGGCCAAAUUAAAGAAGAAGGGCAGACAAUUUCAUCCAGUACCACAGAGCUAAUGACGAAGGAAAAGGAGGACAUGAUCAAGAAAAAGUUGUUCACAAUGGCCAUGAAUGGCCAAUGGGAUCAAAUUGUGGAGGCAUAUAUGCAUGAAGCACGUGCUCACGAGAUGAGGAUCACCAAGGCAGGGGACACAGCUUUACACAUAGCUAUCUCUCAGGGGAAUGAAGAGAAAGUCAAAGACCUUGUACAACAAAUUACAAAUCAACGAGUACGAAGCAAAGUCAAAGAGGCUCUUGAAAUUAAAAACGAUAGAGGGAAUACCCCACUCCAUAUUGCUGCUUCAAAGGGGAAUGUGAGCAUGUGUCAAUGCAUUGCAAACGUUGAUCAACAGUCCGUGGGUGUUCCUAAUGGGGACGGGGAGACCCCUUUUUUCUUAUCAGUGCUCCAUGGUAAAAGAGAAGCCUUCUUCUGUCUACACGAUAUCUGUGGCGUCGAGAACGGCUAUAAAUAUUCCAGGAGGAAAGACGGUGACACCAUUCUUCAUUGUGCUAUCGCUAGAGACUACUUUGGUGAGAAGUACUAG